AUGGUGACUAUGGAGAUGCCGCAAGUGAACAUACUUUCCAAAAUCGAUCUCUUCGACGAAGACGCUCCGUUUAAUCUCGACUACUUCACCCACUUACCAGAUGUGAAUCGUCUGCUCGAAUUGUUGAACGAAGUCCCUGGUUUGGAGCGAUAUCAUGGACUCAAUGCCGCUAUUUGCGACGUCAUUACGAGUUUCGACCUAGUCAGCUUUGUGCCUUUGAAUGUGCAAAAGAAGGAAGAUAUGGCUAAGGUAUUACGAUUGGCCGACACAGCCAACGGAUGGGCAUUCCACGAACAAGGGGAUAUAAGAGAAAUGGUAACGAAAUAG